AUGGUUGUGUUUCUCAUAUUUUCGCUCUCCAACAACGUUACCAGUCUCCCUCAAACUUACAAAGACGACUACGACUACCUCUUCAAGGUGGUCCUUAUCGGCGCUGACAAGUCCAAUCUCCUCUCCAGGUUCACUAAGAAUGAGUUAAACCUCGAGUCUGAGUCCACCAUUGGCGUCGAGUUCGCCGCUUGGACCUUGAACGUCGACCCCAAAGUCAUCAAGGCUCAGAUUUGGGAUACUGCUGGCCAGGAAAGGUACCGUGCUAUCACAAGUGCUUACUAUAGAGGGGCUGUCGGUGCACUCAUCGUGUAUGAUGUCACUCGCCAUGCAACAUUCGAGAAUGUUGAUAGAUGGCUGAAAGAAUUGAGGAACCACACUGAUUCCAACAUUGUUGUGAUGCUGGUUGGAAAUAAGCCAGGUAUGUGCCAUCUUGUAGUUGUUCCAACCGAAGAUGGAAAGACCUAUGCUGAGAAGGAGUCACUGUACUUCAUGGAAACCUAUGCACUGGAAGCAGUCAAUGUAGAAAAUGCAUUUGCUGAAGUUCUAACACAAAUCUACUAUAUUGUGAGCAAGAAGGCAGUGGGUACCAAAAGUAGCACAAAAUCUGGAUUGGGGGGUGUUCUUGUUUUUGGUGUUCUUGAGGGGAAGUGA